AGGCUCAGUGUACGCUCUAUAGGAGACCUGGGCGAGCAUUGCAGACAUCAUAGGGUUAAAUAAGGAAAGGCAAUAAUGGGCCUCACCAUACACAGAGUCAGGAAGCGAUGGCCGAUCCCUGUUUCCCUGUUUACUAGGAAUAUUGAAUGCAGUGUAGACCACCACUAUGGGGAAAAAAGUUGCUGUGAUAGGAGCUGGAGCCAGCGGUUUGGUGGCUAUUAAAAGUUGCGUGGAGGAAGGUUUGGAACCCACCUGUUUUGAGAGAAGUGAAGACAUUGGUGGACUAUGGAGAUUCAAUGAAAACCCCGAGGCGGGCAGAGCGAGUAUUUACAGAUCCGUAAUUAUUAAUACUUCCAAGGAGGUGAUGUGCUACAGCGAUUUCCCGAUUCCGGAGGACUACCCAAAUUAUAUGCACAAUUCUAAAAUUCUGUUGUAUUUCAGACUCUAUGCUGAACAUUUCCAGCUACUUCAAUAUAUCCGUUUUAAGACCACCGUGUGUAGUGUGAAGAAGCGACCAGACUUUGCUACAAGUGGACAAUGGGAAGUUAUCACCGAGAAGGACGGUAACCGGGAAUCGGACAUUUUUGAUGCUGUCCUUGUUUGCAGCGGCCAUCACACAGAAGCCCACCUCCCACUGGACUCUUUUCGAGGUAUUGAUAAAUUUAAGGGCCGAUACCUUCACAGUCGGGAUUAUAAAAGCCCCGAAGACUUUAAAGGACAAAGAGUCAUCGUUAUUGGAAUCGGAAACUCCGGUGGGGACAUAGCUGUGGAGCUGAGCAGGACGGCGUCACAGGUAUUCCUCAGUACCAGGAGAGGAUCGUGGAUCCUAAACCGAGUGUCUGAUCAUGGUUAUCCCAUGGACUUGUUACGCCUUACACGUUUUUUUAAUACGCUGAAAAAUUCCUUACCCACCUCCCUCCUGAAUCACAUCGCUGAGUCCGAGUUAAAUAAACGGUUUGACCACGCAAUUUAUAGCCUGAAGCCGAAGCACAGGCUUUUCAGCCAACAUCCUAUGGUGAACGAUGACCUUCCAAACCGCAUCAUAGCUGGCACUGUACUCGUGAAGUCCAACGUGGCGAAGUUUACCGAGACAGAUGCCAUUUUUGAGGAUGAGACUGUGGAAAAAAACAUUGAUGCCGUUAUAUUUGCUACGGGUUAUACCUUCAGCUUUCCUUUUUGCGAGGAGCUCAAAGUCGCCCAUAACAAGGUCUCUUUAUAUAAGUACACCUUUAGACCGGAGCUGGAGAAGCAAACAUUGGCCGUCAUUGGCUUAAUACAACCGCUCGGCGCCAUUAUGCCCAUUUCAGAACUGCAGUGCCGGCUUGCCACAAGAAUCUUUGCCGGGAAAAAAUUACUGCCCUCAGUUAGUGACAUGAAAGAAGAUAUCAGAAAAAAGGCCGAAGAGAUGCAGAAACGCUAUGUCUGCAGUCAGCGGCACACCAUACAGGUAGACUACUUGGAAUUCAUGGAUGAACUGGCAGAAUUGCUUGGUGUGAAACCCAACUUGUUGAGCCUCUUUCUAACGGAUCCUAAGCUUGCCUGGAAUGUCUACUUUGGGCCUUGUACACCAUAUCAGUAUCGGCUAUCUGGACCUGGGAAGUGGGUUAAAGCUAGGACAGCCAUUUUAACUCAAUGGGACAGAGCCCUGAAACCAAUGAGAACGCGAUAUGUAGAACCAAGCUCAGGCUUUCCCCUUCUGUCUCUUCUCAUCAUAGGGCUAGGGAUACUUUUGGCAGCAGUGUUCCUAUAUUAAUGAUUGAUAAAGAAGAUGAAUUAGUUCUGUACAGACCAUCAGAUACCUUAGAAAUUAUCUAUUGUCCGUCAUAAAGGCUAAUGUUUAAGAAAGGGACAUUGUGUGUUAUUAGUAUUAUAUACACAUGAGAAGUAUUUUCGGAGUCAGUUGUGUUUCUGUAUAUACAGGCAUUGGCUCUUUUGGCCCCUAGACAUCUUAUUCCCUAUUCAAAGUUUGGGGGAUAAGAUGUCUAAUCGUGGGGACCCCCCCCCCCCGCGCUCUCUGGCCCAGCACUCUUUUCAUGACUAAGGGAGAGGGCAUGACUGCUGGGGAUCCUGCUUUCCUGCUUCCUUAUAUCUUUAGCAUACCCUUAGAAGCAGUAGCAGCACUGAGGACAUAAUAGAGCAACAUUAAGCUGUGGGAAUCUAGUACUGGGGUGACAUAUAGCACUUACUUGAUUUUUCUGAAACUUGUCUGUAUGUCUCUUCUUCCCUUUUUCUUUACAUAGACUUCUAUGGGCAGCAUGUAACAUGUACAUCUGUGGAACAUUCUACCUCGGGAACUGGUUAUAGGGAAAAAAAUUGAGGGCUUCAAAACAGGCAUAGAUGAAUUCUUAGGACAAAGCAACAUUAAUGCAUAUGUAGAAAUAUAGAAUUCCAUCAUCUACCCAUACCCCUUCCCUUCAUCUCCCUCCUCACCUCCUUGGUUGAAUUUGAUGAACACGUGUCUUGUUUUCUGUACUACCUGUGUAAUCUGAUCCAUCAGUGAAUAGAGAGCCUGUCUUAACUCUCAAAAUAGAUUUUAGAGUGAAUGAUGAGUUUAGGAGGAAGGGGGUGGAGUCUGACAAGUUGAGAAAAAGGCAUUUUUCUGUAAUAUUUUCUAUAAUCUAUCUUAUAAAUAGUUUGUUGAAAGGUUAGUGGCAAUUUUAUGAAAAUCAAAUAAAAAUGUACCGUAGCUCUUAAACUUCAUGGGCUCCACUAAUAAAAUAAAUAAUAAAUAUGGGCAUGCUGAUGGGUCUGGGUGGGCAUACCAGUGCCACCACUCAGGGUCCCUAUGAGUGAGGCCACAAAUUGUGUAAAAAAAUAAUAAAGUUUUCCGUUGUCUAUUAGAAAGAGACUUUGUCAACAAUCGCCUUGAUCCACAGAUCACUAGUGGACUGAGAUAGUGAGAUUGGCGCACCAAUGAGGGAUCUUAUAGAGAUCUAAACUUUGUGUUUUAUAAUUUUAAUAACAUAUUAAAUGUAAAUCCUCCACCAUAAUGUUAUGAUAUAGUUUAAUAUAAAAAAAAAUUGUAUUCUUAUUAAAAAACACAAUACUUUAAUGGACUGGAUCAUAGAUAUACUUGUGAAACAAUAAAGUUUUUCUAUUUUCAGAA